GUGGUGUACAGAGCUAAAUAUGAUGGUUUCAGUAUUUUUCUCUGUGGAGUUCUUGAGAGGAAAUUAAAGAGCAGCAUCAGGGAUCACUGGACUUGAAGUGGGUUCAUGUUCCCCGUGGUAUUUGCUGCCUCGUGGAUUCGGGGAGCAGCAGAGUUGAGGCGUGAACCGUGGAGCAGCUUGCAGAGGUUUUACCCACUGUGAUGUCACAGCUCUGUGUGCUUCUGGACUCGGCUGAAGAAGAUGGCGGUCUCAGGUUUGUGUGCUUUAAAAAAACUAACAUGUAUAGCGACACAAAGUACGGGCAAGGCAGAGGCUGGGCUGUUUCCUCCACAAACAAACGUGGCUACUUGUUCGCCUAAAUUGCUAUCAAUAAUCCUCCUAAAUCUGCGAUUUAUUCUCAAAUAUUUUCCCUGGUCAAAGCAGUGAUCUAUAUGGGAACCAUCUAUGUCAUGGAGCUAAUGUGACUGGUGGGCUAACCUAGCUUAAAGCUCCAUGAUACAGCGUCAGUUAGCUGAAAUAGCUCACAGAAACAAUAAAAUGAGUAUUUUUGGUGGUUUAUACUAGACGUUUCAGGAAGCAAAAAAUCAUUUGUAUCAUAAUGUGAUUGUAAAGUUGUGUAUCGUGUGGAAGCUGCCCUCUACAUGAGGACUGUAAACAACCGCAGACGGCGUUAGCCAGCCGAAGCUAACUACUAGAAUAUUCCAGCACCGCGCGGCAGGCAGCGAGGUUUGACUCCGUUAUGUCCGGCAGCUUAUUCAAUUCAUAGUGAACCAACUCUUUAGCCUUUGUUUGUCCAAACAUCUUAUAGCCGUACCUCUAAAUCGACACAUAUCUCUGGUUUUUAAUCGCGCUUGUGUGAAAAUCUGCUUACCAAAACACCAGUGUAACGGUACGGUCAAACGGAACAAUCCUGGUGCUGCCCCUUCUUACCUAUUCACCAAAUUCAGUGUCUAAUCAUUGAUGCCUAAUUUUAUCCAAUGAUAGGCGCAGGGAACAACCUGUUUUCUGUUCCUUUGGUGGAUGUCUGUCUGAUACUGAAGGGUGGGGUAAGAGUUAAGAGUGCACUAGAGUGAUAAACGACGUAUUGUAGUUGGCACGAUGCGUUUCAGCAAAUAGUCGGGACCCCUUAACUGCCCCGGUGCACAGCAGGAAGCGUGGUUCUCAGACUCAGCUAAUGUAAAACUUGUAUUUGUUGGAAAUUAAUCAAAAAGUAACAUGUGCGAAAAUGCGAUUCUCUCUUGAUAACAGUUUUCUUGCCCUUUUUGCAUACUUUAACCAAAUACAUAAUGUUCUAGAGUGGAAAAAUGAGGAAGUAGCAUUAACUUCAUAGUCGAAAUAACUUGAGACGACGCGGCGCGACCUGAUGAUCUUGUUUAACCCUGCAAGCUUUGGAGUUACAUGACCAUAAAAAGUACGUCGAGCUCGUGGUGUGCAUUGAAGUUACCGAUCUUCAUAACUAAAAGAUGAUUCACACUAAGUAGAUAAUAAUGAAAAUGAAAGAGAGACAGAGACUGGCUUCGUGAACUUUGACUCCAUGUACAGUAGAGCACCUUUACACCAGUAUCACCUCGAAUUACCCAAAUAUGACCAACCCUGUCUCCAUGUGGUAUUCCCUUCCUCAAAGAGUUAAGCUUGCACAUAGAUAGAUAGAUAGAUAGAUAGAUAGAUAGAUAGAUAGAUAGAUAGAUAGAAAUAGAGUCAAGCUUGCACCUUCAUUUUACUGUUUUCAUUCAGACUGGAUUAAUAAAGAUAAUUCGAGGCCAUAGUGUUUGAGAUUUUCAAAUUGUUUUAAGAAUAAAUUCAGUAGUAUUUUCCUCAAAUGCAAAUUAGAAACCCAUUUUCAUUAGCAAUCCUCAACCAUGGUAAUCAUAGAAAUGUGACCAAGACAAUGCAAUUGGGCAUUUACUUGUUUGCUCUUAAAGCACAAUUUUAAUGCUGUAACUAGGGCCCGACUGAUUUAUCGGCCAAUUUUAGCCUGUUUGAGACUAAUCAGAAAUCAGCCAAAACUCGCCAAUUUUCGCAGAUAUAUUCAGAAAUAAAAUGCGGAGAAAAAAAACGUUUGUGAAAUACACAAUAAGUCAACAAGUUUUAGUUCAACCCACUUCGCGAUGUUCCCCGCUGUGCUGGUCACGGUCACGCCAAGUUAACGGUGAAGCACCAUGUAAUAUGCAAAUUUAAGUUAGAGUUAGUCACCUGCAACUAGCGUUGCUACACUGUUAGCCGUGCCACUAACGUAGAAUUAACAACGGUACACAAUACAUGAUCGAGCUGCUACUCUUACUGAGGCAGCUGCAUGUCUCCAGAUGAGACCGGACUGGAAAUGUGUAACGUGAGUUAAGACGUGGAGGCACCGAUCGGAGGUGGCGAGGGGGCAGUUGAAAACACUUUUCUGGUUCCGAGUUUGAUCAGUCGGUCUUCUUAUUGGCGUGAAGAGCAGUAGCCUACAGUAUAUCUACAGUAUGUGUGUAUUUUUUAGAACUUCAUAAAACAUUAAAAAAAUCGGCACCAAUCGGUAAUCUGAUUUUUUUCCGCCCUAAUAAUCGGUAUUGGCAUUGGCCCAAAAAAAUCCAUCUUGGUGGUCCUAGCUAAAACAUACUGUAAUGAAAUGUAGCAGUUCACGUAUCUUCACUUAAUGUUUAGUUAUUUGGCAUUUUUUAAACUUGCUGGCAAUUAUGUUUUAUUGUCAUCUAAUUGCUUGAGUCAUAUUUCAGUAAUGAGUCAUCAGUUCAAUUUGUGUAGAUUUCUUAACUUUUUAGAUUACAGUUACAGUCACAAAAAAUCACAUACUGUUUCUGGUGAUUCUGUUUUAAACCUUUUAUGUUAACCGAUCAGUAAAUUGAUUAUUGGAAAGGAUGAAGAUACAAUCAAAUCAUUUCACUUUCAUUUGUUACUAGAAGGAAUGGUAUUUGCAACCUUGAAAUCUGAAGCAGAUCAUAUUACAGUUUGUUGUUCCUUUGCAUGUGACAUAUGCUGAUCCUAAAAGAGCUGUUGUUUGCUAAAAUUAGCUGAGUAUAUUUACCCCCUCCUCAUGUUUGCAUGUUGAUUUCAAGACUGAAAUCCAUAUCUUCUAAUGAGCACAUACUCAUAGACCAGUGAGAGAGCAGUUUUUUUUUACUUCACUUGAGAUUUUAAGAAGUGAUUUUUGCUUGAUGAUUGAGAUAGCUGCCAUCUGGGAUUUGAGUAGAUGAAAUGAACGAUUGGACGGCAGGGAAAUAUGAAUGUUUUCACAGUGUGUCUCCUGUAUCAGUCACAGGGUCUUUUUAUUAAGAGCUCUUUCAGUUCCCCUUCUGUAAAUUUGUCUUCAGGAUCAUAAUUAUGAGGAGCAGUAUUUCAGCUUACCUCAGUGCUGUCCCCCUCAACCUUCAGCACUCCACCAGUCACAAGCUGUAAGUGGUUCAUUAUUUACACCUCUGUGAGUGCCUGUUAGGCUGUGUGUAUAUAAAACUGAUAUCUCAACAUUUCUCCCGGUGGCUGAAAACAAGGACUACUUUUAGUGAUAUUUGUUAUUAAGUCAGCUGUUACAUGGGUCAUAAGAUGUUUGGGUGUUUACCCUUGAACCAUUUAUUAAAAAAUCUGCAGUAAAGAGCGGUGCACUUAAGAGUCCUGUGACUGUAAAGACUGCAGAUUUAUAUUGAGUUCAGUAAAAGCUCGAUACUUUAAUGUCUCUAUAACAAGGUUUCAUCUUUGAUUUAGCUUCACUAAAGAUAAACCAGAAAGUACUGUAGUCAAUAUUGCUCAAUAUUCCAGCUACUGGUCCUGCUUUGCAUAUUAAACAACCAUACUAAUCCUGUGUGUCUUCAUCUGUACUCAUUGACUUAAAUAGCGACACACUACUUUGAUGAUAUUGUUGCAGUUCUCUUUUAAGAAGAAAAUGCUAUUUUAGAGCUAUUUAAAGGCUGUGACUCAUGAUAAUUUAUUCUUUUUCUCUCACUGGUUAAUAAUUAAAACCCUACCUGUCAUCAUUUCUCCAUCUCCACUCACCAUUUUCCCCCAGACAGUCUAAAUUGCAGAGUACGACAAUAAUAACUAGAAAAAAAAGCAAAAACAUCCUUUCAUUGAGUGGACUAGCUGCAGAUAUUUAUUCCAACAUUUGAAUGUUCUGUUCGGCAUUUUCAACCAGAUUGAUUAAUUGAUGGUAAUUAUGUCAAUUAAUCAACCCACCUUAUUGGUUUUGAUUGCAGAAAAUCGCUCCCAUCGUGAUUUUAUUUUGUAUCAUUUCUUUUGUCUCAUUCACUGCAAAGAUCUCAAAGACUUUCACCUCAUGUCAUUUUCAAGACACAGAAAGGCAGCUCAAUCUCGUAUUUGUCCUGAAAUAAGUGGUGUUACUGUUUGAAUACUAAGAAACUGGAUGUUAGGCGGUAUUGAUGGAGCAGUUGUCCGAAACACAUCAAGAUUUUUAAUCACAUGGAAACCAGUGUUGUUUUCGUUGACGACGUCAUCAGCGAAAACAACACUGCAGAAUAUAUGUUUAGCGUUUGACUGACGAAAUGCUCAUGAAUUUUGAAACUCUGUUUGUCGUCCACCACUAACGUUUUCGUCUUGUCUCGUCUUGUCAAUGUAAACGCACAUUCGUCUCAUCACAUUUUAGUUAUGUAAGACUUAUGUUUAGCUUGUCAACGUCACGCCUUCAUCAUGGUAAAAAAGGGGUGUUGACGAAAAACAACACUGGUGGGAACUAUAAACCAGUUUGAUCAAUUACUGGACUCUGUGCUUUUGAAUACAAACAGCUCAUAGUAAGGGAUCAGUUUUCUGCUUUUACCUUUACUAUGUAGCAUGAUAUUUGAACAACCUAUGGAGUUUUCAGCUGCAUUGUCAGUUAAGAUAAACUCUAAAAUUUGUUAACUUUGCACAACACACAGCACAAAACUUCAUUAAAAAUCCCCCACUGUGAGAGCAGACACUUAAAGGGAUAUUCCGGCCUAAAAUAUUCCAUUUUACACCGGAAUAUCCCUUUAAUAGAUUCACUGGUCGCACUGAGGACUUAGAUAAUCUUCACUAGUGGACCAAUAAUACUAUCAUUAAUUGGUAAUUUUGCCUUUUUCUGUGUGAUCUGUUGAUGGUACUCUGUCAUUCGUUGCCUGUAAAUACCGUAAAUAACCUUCCCCUACUAGCUACUAGUAGGGGAAGGGGCUGCUUGUAACCAUUACGGUCCAGUUGCAGAUGCAGCUUGUCUGUAAUGAUCAAUGCGUGUAAUGAUCCUCAGACAUCUGUGGCAAGUUGAAGAGUCCUCACCUGGUCUUUUCUGUGUGCAUCUGUGUGUGUGAGUGCUGGAGUGCUUUAUGUGUUGAAUGGGGGUUGGAAGGGUGGGCGGGGUUUGGUAUUUGUAUUUUUAUUUAUUUUAUUUCAUUGUUUGAUUGAUUAGCAUGAUAGAAUCAUGUCCCAUUACAAAGCAUCACAAGUGUAUGAAAGAUAUGGUCAAUUCUUUGCUGUUUCUUUAUGUAUUCAGACUUGUGUUUUAACCAGUGUCUAAUAUAAUCGCUGCAAUAUUACGAAUAGGAUCAUCUGAUUGACAUAACAUUUUUGUAUACACUGUCAAAGUCAGCAGGCAAAGUAGACACUAAAUUGUCACAGCAGGGAUUUCUGCUGCACAAGAUGGCACCACACACAAGUUACUCGUUUAGAGCAUCUUUCACACAUUAACUCCUGAUAUUUUCGGGAUAAUUUCAGAACAUGCAGGUCAUGAUACUCUCUGUUCACACAUGCAGGUGGGAGAUUUUCUCUACUAAAAGUUCCCUCACAUCGCUCCGACAAGACUAGCAUAACACAGGAAAAUAAUAUUCUGCGAGAUGAACGGUUAAUAGUUUGAAGCAGAGAUACUCCACUCAAUACAAAUGACAAAAUGACUCUUUCUUCUUGCUCUCAGGAGAUUCACCUGUUGCAUUUUUUCGGCAAAUAUUGAACUAUCAGGCUGGUUAGAAAAGUACCAAACGGUUAGAGUGAAAAAUGUAUGCAUGCGUUUGGGAUAACAUUGGGAGUUUUCAGGAAUGCAGUGCAUGUGUGAAAGAGGAUAGUGACAUUCUCGUCGCAGAUAAAUCAAGUCAAAAGUUGGAAAAAAAAGUGUCUUUAUUUAUGUGUGUAAAAAAAUGUUUUUAGGAGUUAAAGUCCCACGCAAUUUUCGCUUGUUGGAGGAGCUCGAAGAGGGGCAGAAGGGAGAAGGCGACGGCACGGUCAGCUGGGGCCUCGAGGAUGACGAAGACAUGACUCUCACACGGUGGACAGGCAUGAUCAUCGGACCAGCGAGAGUAAGCGCAGCUGACUCAGCAUGUCAGCCGUCAUUCCAGACACACACACACAAAGAAUCUCACCAAACGCUGAAUCACUUACUCUGCUCUCUCUCUCUCUUUGCUCAUUUCCUUCCAGACCAAUUAUGAGAACAGGAUAUACAGUCUGAAAGUGGAAUGUGGACCCAGAUACCCCGAUUCAGCCCCGACUGUUAGAUUUGUAACAAAAAUUAGCAUGAAUGGGAUAAAUAAUUCCAACGGCAUGGUGAGUGUCAUCAGAAAUCUGACACGUUAUGUAUGAGUGUUACUCUUGCCUCAUAAGAUUUGUAGAACCCAGAAAUUGUUGUGCAGCGUUGAGAUGCUCUGAUGUGAUGCGUGCAAUAACUCACUGUCAGCACUCCUGCCACUAUGAUUGAUCUGGUGUCCCUCUUCUUAUUUUUGUUUCCUCUCACAGGUGGAUUCACGUAGCAUACCAAUAUUAGCAAAAUGGCAGAAUUCUUAUAGCAUUAAAAUUGUUCUUCAAGAGUUAAGGCGUCUAAUGCUGUCCAAAGAAAAUAUGAAGCUUCCACAACCACCAGAAGGACAAACCUACAGCACUUAAUCGUAAUGGAUUGUUUCGACCCUCUGUCUUAAAACCUUACUCUCUUAGAAAUAUUGUGUAAAAUCAUCAAGAGGCUCACUCCGCACAUCAACAGUAUCAUCUGCAAGAGCAAGAUUGGACUUUCUUAUUACAUAGCUCAUUGAAAAAAGAAAAUGUCCCCGCAGUUAGGCACUGAAUAGAUAGUCCAGACUACAAGACCACAGUUAUCCGCCUUUAAUAAAGUUACUUUGACAAUGACUUUUAUGUUCGACGUGUUCCAGCUUGAAUGGGCCUGAAGAGGGAAGCAUGACGCCACGCAGAGGCUGUACCAGAGUCCCAGUAGUUUUACGUUCAAACGAUCGAUCACUGAAGCAAACGGCAAGAUGUGUGUACGAAGGCAUGUUCUGUAACUAAUACCUAGUCAAAGAGAGGCCACAUUUUUUUUUGAGUUGUUAGUCUAAACUUAGCAAGUUCAUUGAAAUAUCAUGCAGAUUGCUAAAUAUUAAACUGUGGCUGUAGUCUAAAAGUAGUGUCACAAGGUAAGGAAGAUUUUUUUUAUAAAUAUAUAUAAAUAUAUAUAUAUCUGUAUUUGACACGAUACCAAUAUGUUUCUGUUCUGCAGCUCUUUGACAUGUAACAGACGUUGAAGCCUGUUCUGUUCUGAAACCCUCGCAUUUAACUUCUAGUGAAAAUGGCAGGUGUAUGAACUUGUGAUUUUCUGAAAAUUAAAAUCACUGUCUGCGAAAAAAA